GUCUGCUAACAGUUAGCCUGUUAGCUUCCUCCGUCAUGGCGGAACUGAACCGGCAGCUCCAGGAAUACUUGGCUCAGUCCAAAAGUGGCGGCGCGAAGACCAUCUCCCAGUCCAGCUCCAGCACCACGGUGGACCUAGACGACCCGGAGCCGGUAGAUGGCAGCUGGUUCGGACGCUGGUCGAGCCGGUGGCCCGGGAGCAGCGGCGGCACUCCGUCCGGCCACAGCUCCAGCGGAAACAGCUUUUCUUGGCCGUGGUCGGCCGAGCCGGACCCCUGCCUGCCGGGCCUGAGCCGGCGGCAGCGGCUGGUGGCCUUCGGGGUUUGCGUGUCGUUCUCCGCGCUGUGUUUCGGGCUGUCGGCGCUGUACGCCCCGCUGCUGCUGCUCUACGCCCGCAAGUUCGCCCUGCUCUGGUCGCUCGGUUCGCUGUUCGCCAUCGCUGCGGCGGCGGUGCUUCGCGGCCCCAGCAGACUGGCCGCCGGCCUGCCCACCUCCCCCGGAGCCGCGCUCUACCUGUGCGCCCUGGGGGGGACUCUGUACGCGGCGCUGAGCCUCCACAGCACCGUGCUGACCGCACUGGGAGCCGCCCUCCAAGUCACCGUCAUCGUCGGGUACGUGGUGUCGCUGCUGCCCGGUGGCAGCGCCGGGAUCCGCUUCAUGGGAGGAAUGGCGGCGUCUGCCAUCAAAAGGACCGUCACCGGGAAAACUAUGCCGAUCUGACCGGGGACUGAGUGUCAGACAGCGGCCAGAUCUCAGACGCAUGGCUGCUGCGGGUCUGUCGGUACAUUCCUCCGAGCCUGGUGACUAUCGAUCACUGGCUGCUGGCAACAGAUAUUGAUCAGGCUGAUCCUGUAGAACUGAGACCCGCAGGACUCAGACAGCCUGCUGCUGCUCACACGACCAAAGUUUAAAACAUGAACCUGAAAAACUGUGAAACUUUAUUUUCUGAUGGAUUGUUGAUUAAUGACAUUAACUUAAAUGUAUGAGACCAGUCUGUAAUACAGGAAACGCAAAACUAAACGUUUGGUUUCACCUGUGACCUGUUGGUGCCUUAUAAUUAUUAUCAUAAUAAUAGUAAUAAUAAUAAUAAUAAUAAUAAUAAUGUUAUUAAAGUCUGUCAGAACAGCUGUGAUGAGUUGAGAAGUACUUUCCUUUAGACAUGUAGAAAAACCAGUAACACAUCACCAGACUCCAUUAACAAAUGUGGUGAU